AUGGACGAAUCGGCCGUGAUUUCCGGAACGGCCGAUGACGUCUCCCAAGUCACGGGGAUGGGCCCCCACCUCGAAGCCGCGGAUGAAGGCUGGGUCCUGCCCGCCGCGCCGAAAGUCGGAGCGGAUGAGCCGCUUGUUGGGACUUUUGAGAAUGGACAGCGAAAGGACAACGGCGGCGAGGCUGGGCUGGGACACGGAGGAGAUAUUCGAGCGGAUGCCGUGGUCAUCGAGCUCGAUGACGAGGCGGACGGUGGCGCGGGCAGAGGCAUUGCAGAUGUUUUCGGCUUGGAGGAGGCGCAUGUAGGAGGGGAUUUUGGAUCCUUGGCGCUUGACUUCAUCGGUGAAAGACUGGGUUGGGAAGACCAAGGAAGGGCGUAG